AUGGCCUAUGAGUACCCCAAUUUCCAGGGACAGCAAUUCAUUCUAGAGAAGAGUGACCAUUCUCGCUGGAGCGCCUGGAACAACAGUGGCAGCCACCACAGAGACCAGCUGCUCUCUUUCCGGUCUGUGUUCUGCGGGAACCACAGUGACAGCUGCAUGACACUAUUUGAGGGGCACAACUUUCAGGGUUGCAAGUUUGAACACAGUGAUGACUACCUAUCCCUAUCCUCCAUGGAUUGGGGCAGUAAGGAUGUGGGUUGCCUUAAAGUCAGCUCUGAAGCGUGGGUGGCCUACCAGUACCCAGGCUAGGGUUACCAGUAUGUAUUGGAGCAGAACCAGCAUGGCAGGGAGUUCCAUAACUAUAGUGAACUCAGCAUGCAGGUCCAUACUGGGCAGCUGUAGUCCAUUCAAAGAAUUCAGCAAUAG